AUGACGGUUUUUGUCAGCUGUUUUCGACGAGAAGCAGGAAGAAUUUUAUUAAGCUUGCAAACAUUUUCUAAAAAUUCAUUAAAUUUAUCAAUAAUGAGGCAUCAAUCAAGCAGCUUGGUACCUGAACGAGUACUUAUUGUAUCAAAAGUUUCAAGAUAUCAAUUUGAACGUUCUCAAGAGCCUGAUAUUGAUGACAGAGAAUUUAAAUCCCGCUUAUUGGAUCGUGGAGCUAAUUAUGACAGUAUGUUAGCAAGUCACGAGAAAAAUAAAAUUGUUGAAAUGAAACUUGUUGAUACUUUGAAGAAGAAGAAUAAUAUUAAUUAUCAAAUAACAGAUAGGUUCACUAUUAAAAAGGCAGAUUUUGACUGGGCAGAUUUGGUAAUAGCUAUCGGCGGUGACGGGACAUUUUUACUCGGUGCCAAUUUUAUAAUGGACAACAAAAAGCCUAUUUUAGGAAUAAAUUCCGACCCAGAUUCAUCGGAAGGAUAUCUAAUGUUACAUCGACGCUACACAGAUGAUAUUCCAAAGAUUUUUGAGCUAUUAACCGCUGGAGACUAUGAAUUUGUAAUGAGAACUAGAAUUGGAGUAACUCUUCAGGGAGAAAAGAGUAAAAUUUGGCAGCAGCCGUUUCAUAUGCACGAAAAAAAUCAAAUUCCUGGGUAUGAAAAUUAUCAAACUGAUUUUAGUAAAGAAUUGGAGUCUGGUGGUAGGAAGUUUCAUCAGCGAAAGUUACCUUGGCUUGCAUUAAAUGAAGUAUUUAUAGGAGAAGCGUUAUCAGCUAAAACAAGUUUAUUAGAAAUACGUAUGGAUGAUGAAGAAAACUACCAUAAAUUUAAGAGCUCUGGAAUUUGUAUUAGUACUGGAACAGGUUCAAGUUCUUGGUACAAAGCAAUAAAUAGUUUAACACCACAAAUUGUCAAGGAAGUUUUAAAUGUUGCGACAUUAAAUAAUAAGUACACUGACAAAGAAAUUGAAAAAAUUUCUAAUGAUUAUAAUAAUAGGCUACAAUUUAAAUCAGAUGAUACGCGGAUAAGUUAUGCAAUUAGAGACAUUAUCUUAAACGAAAUAUGGCCAUUACCAAAAACAAUGAAACCUCGUGGAUUUUGUAAUCGUUUGACAAUAAGAUCUCAUUGCUAUGAUGGAGGAUUGGUGUUGGAUGGUGGUAUAGGAGUACCAUUUAACAUAGGUACCAUAGCUCUUCUCGAGACCAAUCCAGAUGAUGCGCUUAGGACAAUUAAACUGCCUAAUUAA